GGGCACAACCUCGGCUUAGCAUAUUUAAAUUCACAUAUCGCCUCACUAUCAAUCCUUCCAGGUUGUCACCUGUCUUAAGGGAUAAUGCUAAUGCUCCAUCAUGUUUGGCUUCGACAUCGAAUUUCGCCGUCACCGGUGGGCCUUGAUCUACUGCUCCAUCUCCGCCAUCGGCGCCCUGGUGUUUGGUUAUGACAACACAUACUAUAGCGGGAUUCUAGGCAUGCAGGAAUUCAAGAAUGACUACGGCGAUCACUAUGAGGAUGGUGCGAAAGCAUUAGCGACGAGCUUUACGUCGCUGACUACCUCCAGCAUCUACAUCGGGGAUAUGCUGGGAGCACUCAUAGCAGGGCCCCUCAAUGAUCGCUUUGGUCGGAAAACAGUUCUCUGGAUUGCUUCGGCGUUUGUGCUUGCUGGAGGGGUGACCCAGGUUGCUGACACCCACAUUGAGGGUGUUAUUGUGCUUGGCCGCAUUCUAAUUGGGCUUGGAGUGGGCAACUUUACUGUUACGUCGCUACUCUAUAUCGGAGAAGUCGCACCAAUGGAGAUCCGGAGUCCAGCAUUGUACAUGUACCAGUUCCUGCAAUCCUGCUCGCAGCUAGUCGCCUCCGGCCUCACCCAAGGCACCAAUUCCAUCCACUCGUCUCUAUCCUACAAACUACCUAUGGGUGGACUCGUCAUACUGCCCCUUUUCAUGCUCUUCUUCCUACCCUUCAUCCCUGAAACCCCAACGUGGUACGUGUUCCACAAUAGAGAAGAAGACGCCAAACGCGCUCUCCUCAAGAUCAACCGCAACGACCGUACCUACGACCCCACAGCCGACCUAACCUUCCUCACGCAAGCCCGACGCUACGAAGAAGCCCAAGGAGAGGAAUCCUCCUGGCUCGCCCUCCUACUCGACCCCAUCGAGCGCAAAAAGCUAAUCUGGGCCUCAGGCGGCAUGUACGCGCAACAAAUAUGCGGCAUAAUCUUCUUCUACAACUACGGAGUCGUAUUCGCCGAAGCCCUCGGCGUCUCGCAACCCUUCACCAUCACCCUCAUCACGAUGAUUCUGCAAAUCUUCGCCGUCGCCGCGUCCAUCCUAACAGGAAACCGUCUCCGCCGACGCACCAACCUCCUCGCCAGCACCACCCUCAUCCUCAUCGCCUUCAUCAUCAUCGGUGGCAUCGGCACCCAAUCCACCCUCACCACCGCAUCCAAAUACAUCAUCGUUGUCUUCUCCUACGUCGUCAUCUGUGCAUACAACUUUGGCCUCGGCCCACUUACUUACGCCGUAUCCCGCGAGCUCUCGGUCGGCGUGAACCAGAACAAAAUCAUGUCAGUAUCGAUCGUGGCACUGUAUUUCUUCCUCUGGGUGAUUUCUUUCACGGCGCCGUAUCUGUAUUAUGACGCUGGGCUUGGUCCGAUGGUCGGGUUCGUGUAUGCGGGUACGACGCUGACAUCGCUGAUUUGGGUGUGGUAUUGUGUGGGUGAAACGCAGGGGCGGACGAGGAUGGAGGUCGCCAUGUUUUUCACGGAGAGGGUUCCGGCACGGAGGUGGAGAGCGCAUGUUUUCGCGAAUAGGGGAGGAGAUGAGAAGGAGGAUGUAAGGGCUGAGCAUGUGGAGGAUAAGGCCUAGCAGCUAUGUGAAUCCUUGGGGCUGGGGCUGGUUACGAUCCUUCUUGGUAUAUUUUUGGGUAGGAGGCAGCAGUGCUAAGUUAUUGAAAUAUAUUUCAUAC